CACCAUCAACUUUGCGACUUUCCUCCUGUGGAGCCUGAGCGCUGUGUACUCGGCCGACCCUGUGCAAACCGACUUUCCUUGUCUCGACCAGCGGCUGUUGUCUUCAAGAUGGAUACCAGCCAUUUGGCCCAGCAGGUCAAUACAAUAAUCGGCCAGCUGCACGGCUUGUUUGACGAGAUCGGUGUCUCUAACCAUGAUCGCGAAGCGCGGGAGGCCGAGCUCUUUGCGGCUCUGUCCGAUGCGCUGCACAACCAAGUCCGCCUCGUGACGACGGAGAAGAAGAACAUGAUCGAUGAAGCGCAAAAGAUAAUCACGACGAUCCGGCAGAUGGAAGCCUCCCUCGAUGACACCAAGUUGCGCCGUGACUACCAGGCCGAGGAUGAUGACGACCUGAAGAUCACAUACCCGCUGUCGAGGUGUCUCCAAGUGCUGAAAGAUAAGCACAAGCAGGUCGCCCGUCUGCACAGGGAACGGUACGAGCAAGUCAAGAAAUUGGCCCAAGCGCUCGAGUCUUACUCCCUCCACCUUGAACCGAACUUUGUCAAGCUGGCUCUGCCUCCGACGGGACCUAAUCUGUCCAUCUCCCCCAGCUUUGAUCUUUCGCCGGCCUACGUGGAUAAGCUGGAUGCCGAGUUUACGCGCGUGUAUGAGGAGUACACCCGCCGCGUGGCAGCAGUAAAAGCGCUGGCCGAGAACAUCAUUCAGUUGUGGGCCGAGCUCGGGACGCCGCAAGCGCAGACGGACGGCGCGAUUGUCAAGUACUAUCGCGACGCUCCCGAGCAGCUCGGCCUCCACGAAGAGGACAUUGCUCGGCUGCGCUCCAAGAGAGACAAGCUCUUGGACGAGAAGAAAAAUCGCGAGAAGCGCUUGAAGGACCUCCGGAGCGCAGUUGAAGCCCUCUGGGAGAAGCUUGGAAUCGACGAAGGGGAGCGUAAGGCCUUCCUUAACGGCAACCGUGGCUGUGGCAUCCGCCAGAUCAACGAGUUUGAGGAUGAGCUGGCGAGGCUGAACGAGUUGAAGAGACAGAACCUGCAUCUGUUUGUCGAGGAUGCUCGGUGCAAGCUGCAGGAGCUUUGGGACGCCCUCUACCUGUCCGAGGAUGAGAUGCUCGAGUUCACCCCGGCCUUCUCCGACGUUUACAGCGACGCUCUGCUCGAAGCCCACGAGCACGAGAUUGCGCGACUCGAGGUGCUCAAAGAGCAGCGCGCGCCAACGCUAGCGCUCAUCGACAAGCACAAGAGUCUAGUGCACGACCGGGACGAGCUAGCUGCCGCCAGUCAGGACGCCUCACGGCUGAUGACGCGAGGCCAGAAAGGCGAGAAGAGGGACCCCGGUAAACUGCUUCGAGAGGAGAAGAUGAGAAAGCGGAUUGCCAAGGAACUUCCCAAGGUCACCGCCGAGCUGCGCAAGGCCUUGGAGCAAUGGGAAGACGAGUACGGCCGCCCGUUCCUCGUGCACGGAGAGCGAUAUCUCGAUUGCCUCGAGGCGGAGGAGUCAAAGCCAGCGCCGGGCCCAAGAUCGAAGACACCUGGCCCGACGCCCACACCCUCCAGCACUGCGAACACCGGCUUGAGCCGAGCUCGCAGUGUCGGUAGCAUCAAGUCUGGCCCGAAGUCCACAGCCAAGACGCCGACGGCUGGGCCAGCUACCAACACAAUCAGGGGCAACCAGACCCUCCGGGGCCCACCAACGAGCACUAACAAGGGUAGCCCGACACGGCUGCCGGCGCGGAUGCCGCUGUCGAAUCUCAAACACGGCGGCAACUCUCCCGACCGACCGGCUCGCCCCGAGUCAAGGGCCGAAACCGGGAGCAUCCGCCACGGCAACCCCGUCAUGCGGGCGCCCCCGCCGAAGAUGCGGGAUCUCCUGCCGCCACCAGAGCUGGAGACACCAGUUAACCACUACCGGGCGGCCGGUCUCUCCUCCAGCAUCGUCCGACAUGUCGAGCCGGAAGACGUCUACGACGACGGGGACCGGUACUCGUACCAAGAAAACAGCAGGCCGGCGUCGCGGGAUUACUACGCCUCGCGGACCGAGCGCUCGCACCCGCCGCCACAGGCGCAGCCACCGCCACCGCCCCCAGCAGCGGCAGCGGCACCCGCGGUGCGCCAGAUCUCCAACACCUCCACCGUGGUCACCGGCUCGGAGAACUGGGAGACGUACGACGACAACUCGGAGCCCGAGGAGGACGUCUCGGACACCUACUUCGCCAAGCUGCGCGCCGCGCGCGCCGCGCGCGCCCAGCAGGCCGCCGCCGGCCUGCCCAAGCGCCAGCGCGGCGGCUUCCCGCCCGCCUCCGCCCGUGCCGCGGCCGCCGGGCAGGUCACGGUCGACCGCGACGGCAAUCGGAUUGUGUCGGGCAGUGAGUGGACUGAUGAGGAUGCUUACUAGCUUAGCGCUGACGGGGACGGGGGAUGUUCCGCGCCGCCUGCGCUCCUCUCGAGGGCCGUCCGAGUUGCCCCGUGGGAAGUUGCCAGUGAAUGGCGAAUGAAUGGGCUGGAUGAUGGGUAUGAAGUUACGGCGCUACGACGACAUGUCUUGCUUUUUGUUGAUGAGAAGCAGCCAUAUGCGUUGAUGUAGCCUGGCACAUUCUUUCUUUGUGUGUGCUGUGUUGGAUUGAUUGGGUUGAGGAAACCCCCCCGGGGGUU